CUGGAUGAGUGGUGGUGGGAGGGUGUGCGACGCGGCUCCAGUGAUGCCCAACACUACCCGCAACUCCGUCCUGCGCUCCGCUCAAUUCUCGCGCUCUGGGUUGAUGGACCUUUAAAUUCUGCAUAGUGUAUCGCUGUUUAGAGGCUGUUCAAUGUGAUAACAAGUGUGCAUUAGUAAUAUAAUGUGUAAAUAAGUCCAAAAAUAUAUCUACUGUUUUGGUGGUAUACCCCCCUCGGAAGUGAUCCUAUCUCAGUGGAAAAAUUGUUGGAAAUUAAGGAAAUAUUGACUGGAUACACUAUGAUUGGAGAUGGUUAGUGCUGGAUUAGGGUGAGGCUUGUUAGCACACCCAAUCAGGAAUGGUGAAAAGGCCGUGAGCAUGGGCAGGUAGCAGUAUGAUCUCUGGGAGUGUGGUGGGCGGCGGUACGGUCUCUCCUCACCACAAGUGUGUAGCAGUCACUCUCUUGACCGACGAGACGCUCACUUUCGCUGCUGAGGUGAAGACCCGGGUGGGCGAGGUGUACAGCCAGACCUGCUCCUACCUCCACCAGCUGGGCAUGCAAGAUACCCACCUCUUCGGUCUAGUUACUACUAUAGACGGAGAAAAUGUGUUCGCGGACCCCGAGAGCAAACUCAGUAAAUAUGCGCCCAAGUCGUGGAAGACCUCACCCAGCCAGGGCGUGGACGCCAGCGGGGAACCUCUUCUCCAGUUCAGACUCCGAGUGCAGUUUUACGUUGAGACACACCUCCUCCUCCGAGAUGGUCUCUCCCGCCUCCACUACUACCUGCAGCUGCGUGAGAACGUGGUCACAUACAACCAACCUAUCAGCGAGGAGGCUACCUUCCUCCUCGCCUCGUACGCCCUCCAGGCAGACCUCGGCGACUUCUGCGAGGACCAACACCACGGUCAUUACUUCGACCCCAACCUCUACUUCCCGCAGUGGCUGGUGGAGCGGGUGGGCGUGGCCUACGUGAUGGAACACGCCCCACACAUGCACCGGGACAACCUGGGGCUGACCAGGGCAGAAGCACAUGCCCAGUACAUCCGGGAGGCGUCGCAGCAGGAGGCACCCCACAACCUCCACCUGUACCGUCUGAGAUACAAGAAACACGAUCCCUCCCCCCAGGUGGUGACUGCCAUCUGCGCCAGAGGGCUAGAUAUUUAUGAGGAGGAGCCAGGUCCACUACACACGUCGAGGAAGCUUAUUUCUACGCUGCAGUGGUCUACCAUAGGCAAACUCUCCUUCGAGAAAAAGAAGUUUGAAGUGCGAGCACUUAGCUAUCCUGGGAAGCUGACCUUCUAUACGACGAGUGAUGAGAAGAGUAAACAUCUGUUGUACCUGUGUCGCCUCACCCACCAGUUCAACCUGGCUCUCCAGCCGCGCCUGGCUGAAGUGCGACGCCUCCAGGAAGAAGAUCGCAGGCGGUAUCGUGAGAGCUACAUCUAUAGUGAGAGAUAUGCAGAAACAGGAGGUCUUUCUGACACAUUGGGAGGUCUCCGUGGGUAUUUAGCGAAAACUUCGGCAGAUCAACGUGUCUCCGUCAUCUCGAAUACAUCUUCCAAUACUACUAGUGGCAUUGUUUCUGAUCGUGUCUUGUCGCUUGAUGGGAGUGAAGAUGAUCUCGACUCUGAGAUUAUGAUCAACACACCACCUGCUGCAAGUAUUGAGAGUGGAAUAGAAUCCCUUACCAGGUCUCUCUCUCGGCUCGACUCCUCCUCAAGCAGUACACAUGCUCACACUCCAGAUUAUGAUGAAGGGAGUUUAAAUCGCUCCUCCUUCACACCACCAGUUUCAACUCCACCAAGCGGAGGACGGUUAACCGGGUCUGCAGGAAUGUGUGGGAGUGAAGCAGGUGGAGUGUCUUUAGGUCGAGCAGGUAGUGUCCAUUCCUCCUCCUCACAGCACUCUGCCUCUACAGUUCGAUCCAGAUAUUCUCUUGUCCCACAUAGACUGCCUCCAGAGUUGACUCUUGGGGCUGAGCUUGCUGAUCUUUCACUGACACCUGAUCUUCCCCAUCUUGCUGACUUGCCAGGUAUGGCAGCUGAUAGAUCAGGCCGGAGUGGGGAUGAAGAAAGUGAUCUGUGCACAGGCCUAUCACACACACAACACAAUUGCUGUUCCACGUGCUGUGAUGAGGACACUGCAUCCAUAGCUUCAAUUGAUGAUCCUGAAGAUGGUGAAAAUAUUGAAAAGCACUGUAAAUGUGGAUCAUGUGCCAUGUGCAUCUUGCAGCAGGCAUCUGCAGGCUUCUUACAUCAAAAACUAGAUAGUGAAAAUUCAAGUGUAGCAGCACAGCGAGGAGACACAGGUCCACAUACUUACCAUGAUUCAUUGGACUCAGCCAGUGCAUCAGCUCAUUACUUUGGAAGUCCGACAUUUUUAAGUGAUGAUGCCUCAGUCAUGGUACAACCAGACCUUGAUGAGUCGGCUAUUUCCACUUAUAAUUUUUCAGAGGAGGAUUUCAGCCAACUAGACAAUAAUGAUGAUUAUGUAGAAUUUUUCAAGGAUGGCUUACGAUUUCCCGAGCAUAGUAGCAACCAACUUGAGCAAAGAGAAAUAGCAGAUGAGAAAACUGUGACAACACCACCAAGUGCUCAUCGUGUGAGCCCGCAAGGGUUGGGUGCUCAGGGGCUAGGAACUCAGAGAGGUGGUGCACAGGCAGUUGCUUCAAUUUCAGGAGGAGCUUCACCAACUGGAUCAGAUCAACAGGAUGAGGCACAUUUAGACUAUUCUGUCGAGAGUGCCCAGGCAUCUUUAUUAGCAUCUUAUUCACCUGCUUUAGCAAUAUCCUUGGGAGGAUACCAACCACGUGUUUCAGUAUCAUCUACAUAUGAUACUGACAGUGACUAUGUGCAGGUGUCUGGGAUGGAUGAUCGUUUCUUGUUAAUGCCGCCUGGUCCUGUCUCCAUGUCUACUGUCAAAACUAUUACUCCAGUAUCAAUAGCUUCAUCACGUACUAAUACUUCCUUACCUAAUGAAUCUCUUCCCAAGAACAAUGAGCCAAGUAGUAGCAGAGCUUCACUUUUGUCACCAGAUGCUGUCAUUAGUGAAACAACAGUAGCCAGUUCAAGUGAAGCACCUGCUAAGUUCAUAACAUCAAAGCCCAGGAUCACUGUGCUUAAAGCUCACACUCAGUUGGCAGCUACAGCUGCACCAUCGUUCACAUCAGUGCCACUGAGAAGAGGAGUAGUACAUACUUUACCACAAGUUCAGCCUAGACUGAAAAUAGAUACCGUUCAGUCUUUGCAACGGGGUACAGCUCAGUUACCAGAAAUGCGACCAUUAGGUCUUCCACCUCCAUACUCUCGUGAUCAUGGAUCAAACAAAAUUAAAGCAGCUGGUGUUCAAAAUACUGAAGUACCUGUAAUCAGAAAGAACAAUUACCUGGAUGUACGUGCUUCGUCAUCCAUAAACAAAAAUAAGUCUCGUGCACAUCCAGAGCAGCACCCCACAGUUACCCCAAGAAGCCUCUAUUUAAGACAUCAACAGAAAGCCUUGCAACAACAACAGCUCAAGCAUCAGCAACAAUUACAACAAUUACAACAACGCCUGAGUAGUGAAACUGUGUAUCAACCAGCUGCUUAUGCUCAAGUUGUCGGUGUACCUCUGUUGCCAUCACCCACAUACACAGGCUAUCAACAUCAACACACUCACUCUGGAAACAUCCAACAGUCAGUUUACCAACAUCAGCAGCUUCAGCAACAACAACCUCAACAUAAUUACCUUUAUCAGCCAUAUAUAAAGAACUUCUUUCAGAACCCCCCUCCACCAUCACCACAUCAUGGUUAUGGUGUUGGUGCUGGGCCAGGUGGUAGUGGGUUCCAGGUUGCUGUUGAGGCACCAUCACCCACCUAUCAAUGUGCCAGUGAUCCCGGUACUUAUCCUCCACACCAACAACAACAGUCACUCGCCACAGUAUAUACUAACCAAGUCAGCUUAAGCCAAAUCGAACAGUUCAAGGCUCAGCUUUACUCAGAUGUGGAUUACGUCAUAUAUCCUAUGAAGGAUCCUGCUCUGAGUCGACAGGAGUACAUGGAUGCUAAAAAAGGACAAGUGAUUGCUACCCAGGCUCAACAACAGGCUAGCAGUAGCAGUAGCAGUAGUAGCUUUGCUUACUUACCUCCGCCUCCUCCAUAUCGCAGCCCAAAAAUGUCGCCUCUCUACAGAUCAACACCAAAUGUUGCAGCAACAUUAAGCAGCUGUAGCGGGAGUGGUAGUGGUGCAGUGACGGGUGGAGGAAAUUCAUCUGUUUUGUCAUCUUAUCCAUCUUACCAGAGUCUUACAUCACACCAGCCUGGAUCAUCUUCAGGAUAUUCCUCUAUGGCACGAGGACGCUAUUUCUCACAGCAGUCCCUGGCAUCCUCAUCCCUAUCUUCAGCACCUUCUGGUUAUUCUGCAUCAACACAGUCUCUUACUGGAAGCUAUGAACCUUACUCUGAAGUGAUGCAGCGGGCAUCUUCCAUGCUUCGUGUCCGCUCUGAUGAAUCCAUUCUUUCUUCAGCAUUAGCAGACUCGGCAGAUUCUCAUGUAGUACCAACUGGCCAUCCAUUGCCACCACCCCCACCUUACCGGCCCAAGGAGACCUUGGACGGGACUGGGCAUGAUGAUGGGCCCACCACGGGAGGUGCUAGGAGGGCUCGUAGUCGGAAGUCCGGGGGGCUCCUCAGCUUGCAGCAGUUGCGGGAGCGGAGCCAACUCUUGGAUGUGCCACUCAUCGCUGCCCUCUGCUCAGACACAACACUCAUCUCACAUCCAAGCCGUACCCCAUCCAUCGAUUCAUCUGCAACACCAAACAGCCCCCCUCUUACCCACUCUGACUCCACUAGCUCGUCAAGCACUCGCCCCUGGGACUUGGACUCAUCGCAGCCAUCCUCCCACGUGACUAACAUUUUACCUCAACCAUUGACAGAUACACAACAGACAAAGACAAAACGUAGGCAACGAGGUCUAAAAACCACACGCAGAUAUUCGCUGUCUGGUGUUUAUACCACAAAUCAAGUGCCUAUCACCCACAUAAAAUCCAAAUGUAGUAGUAAGACAUUCAGUGGUGUUCAUCAACACCCAAGUAAAUCUAGCCACCAGACUCAAUUCCCUAAGGAUACAGAUGAUUCACUGAAGGCCUAACAGUUGCCCCUUAGGGUUGUCUCAGUUGUAGGCACUGCUGCUUGUUCCUUGAGGGAAUCUACAACAGUGUAGCAAAUCUGUAUCUCUAGCAUUUGUGAAACUCCAGUUUCUCUCUUACCUCAUUUUUUUGUAUUUCUUAUACUGUAUUCAUUUUUAUGCAUUUUGUAGCAUAUUAGUAUUUUGAACAAAGAUAAAGGUUUGUAAGAAUUUUGAAGAAUUGUUACGUGAAAAUUAAAAAUCAAACCUUUAAAGCGCUGCUAAUGAAUAUGUUAAAGAAACUUCAUAUGUAUCACCAAGAAUUUGUUAAACCAAGUUAAAUUAAUUGGGAAUAUAUAUCUCAGUUUAGAAGAUAAGUUAUGAUGAUUUACACAGUCAUAAAGUGGUAAAUCUGGUGUAAGGCGCGGCAGAGCUUUCAGUCGCCUGUCAUCAUGAUCUCUAGGACGUUGGCUGGGCAGUACUGUCCACAUUUGUCGUAAACACUAGUAUACACACUCAGGCAACCCUUUUUUUUUUUAUUUUUGUUAUGUUUUUACAUGUAUUUAGUCAUGUGUUGGCAUUUAUAACGUUACAGUAGCUAUUUCAUUAUGUGGCCUCAUUAAACCCCACCACCAUCAAAGCCACUCUUUGAAGUACUAGUGUUCUAGGUUUAAUUUUAAUUGCCUAAAUAAGCAUGUAAAGUUGCAGUUUCCAUAUUUAAGAUCAAAUCUACUGCAAUAAAAUGUGCUAAUAAAAGAUAAUUUUUUAAGCAAUAAGUUUUCUGAGGUUACAAAGAUUUAGUUUAAUUUUAGGUAGUGUUCUAUGAUUUUAUGAUAAUUUAAACACAGGUAUAUAUAAUUUUGCAUGUUUUAAUUUAUUCAUAUUAAAAAAUAAAAUGUUGAGAUAUUGUCUAAUUAUAUUUUAUAUUCAAUCAAUUACAUCUAGAGCAUAAUGUCUAUGUGGAAUGGGUCUGGUGGUGGAAGGGUCUCAAUGAGUAAGUAAUAACCAGAAAGUGCCCAACUAUCCAUUCAUGUACAGCACAUACAUGCGCACACCAACCAUAUACAUAUGCACACCACCCAUACACAUGCAUACAGUACACAUACACAUGUGCAUACCAUCCAUACACAUGUGCUCACCACCCAUAUACACACACAUACAAUAUUCACACACUGUCAACUGCUGCCACCACUGCCAGUGUUCCAAAUGGUGAUAGCAUAGUACAAGCCCUGAUUGUUUUGGGUUCUACGGAUGCACUUUAUAUCUGUUUAAUGCUUACGGUCUUAGUCAUAAUUUAUUGAGUUAUUUUAAAGUAUAACUUACUUCAUGUGCAGGUGCUGUUUUUAAAGCUGUGAGAUGUCAGUUAAAGCAGCAAAACUGUAAAAGUUUUAGAUUGAUUGGUUCUAAACAUACUAUGGCUGUUUAUGCAUUAGAGUUUGUUAGUAACUAUUCAGAAUUGGUGUUAACCACAACACAAAUAGGUGGUUGGCAGUGGGUGUAGUAUGAAUAUUAUUUACUAUAAGGUUAAUAUUAUUUUUAAAUUUUCUGUGUGCUGGGUUUUAUGCUCAGUAUGUCUACAAGAACUAAUAAUAGAUCACUGCACUCAGUUUUCUUAAGAGAACUAAUAUGGCAUCACCACUUGUACUCAUACUCAGGGUCGGGUAUUGGAAGCAUCUUUGUGAUUUGUCUUUUAUCUGUACACAUUUCUGAGUUUGUCAAAAUUAGUGUAUAAGUUGAGCUGUUCAUGUCUGUGUUGUCUAGUAUUUAUUAUUUAUUGAAUCCCCUUCCCUAUAGUACAACUUGAAGCUGUAGCCUUGACACCCAAAAAAUGUGUUCAUGAUGGAUCAUGCAUCUUGGUGUAAUGAGUUUGCAAACAACCAUUCAACUUGUCUUAUCAUUCAUGAAUAUUGUUACCCAGUGAAAAAAUACAGUAUUUAUUUUUAAUAGUUAAAAAAAUGAUCUUUUACUAUGUUGUGAGUUAUUUACAUUUUUCAUACUAUGUGCAGUAUUUUUUAAAUAAUUGAUAUCUUCAAAAUAAGCAGUGUAGUAGCACUGAUCAAUUUCAAUUAAAAUCCACUUGAAAAGAAAAUUUAACAGAGAGACCUGUAUAUUGUCAGUUCCUAGCUUCAAAUUUAAUGUUCAAGGAGAUAAAAGUCUGCAGUUCUUGGUUUAUAAAAACCUACUCAUUCAACCAGUUGCCUUCAUUUUUUUCAUCUGUCACUCAGUUUAGAUAAAAAUGAGUGUGGCUUCUCAUUUUCUCGUAGUAUUAUGUAUCUGCUCAGUAAAAUAUAUAUUUUUUUUAAUUCACGGCUAUCUCCUGCCAAGGAAGGGUAACCCAAAGAAAACACAUUCACCCAAUCUCCAUCUUUCCAGAAGUAUACUGGCAUCACAGUCAAAUAAGUUCUCUGACUGCAGAGAGUGCAGGAAUUGCCUUUCCCACCUCCAGGACUCAAAUCCUGCAAACAAGUUUCCUUGAAUCCCUUCAUAAAAGUUUCCCUGCUCACCCUUCAACACUUGGAUCCAUUCACUCCUAUCUAAUAUGCUCCCUCCAAUGUGAUAUCCAAUUUUUCUUCAUCUAAAUCGUUUGAUACCCUCAUCACCUUACUCUUAUUUGUGUUCACUUUCAACUUUCUUCCUUUACACACCCUCCCAAACUCAUCCACUAACCUUUGCAACUUUUCUUUAGAAUCUCCCAGAAACACAGUAUCAUCAGCAAAAAGUAACUGUGUCAACUCCCAUUUUGUAUUUGAUUCCCCAUAAUUUAAUCCCACCCCUCUCCCCAACUCCCUAGCAUUUACUUCUUUUAUAACCCCAUUUAUAAAUAUGUUAAACACCCAUGGUGACAUUACACAUCCCUGUCUAAGGCCUAAAUGUAACUAGAAGUAGCAGGACAUACCUGAAAUCUUAUGUAAAUAACAAAGAAAGGCACAAUACCGUGACUGGAAUGAUACCCAAAUAACCUGCACAUAGAAGAGAGGAGCUUACGAUGACAUUUCAAUCCGGCUUGGUCCAAGUUGGACCGAAAUGUUGUCAUAAGCUCCUCUCUUCUACGUACAGGUUAUUUGUGUAUAAAUCUUGCAUGUUUAUGAGACAGGAAAAAGACACCAGAAAUCCUACCAUCAUGUAAAACAAUUACAUGUUUCUGUUUUACACUCACUUGGCAGGACAGUAGUACCUUCCUGGGUGGUUGCUGUCUACCAACCUACUACCUAGGAAAUAUAUAUAUUGUUUUUUUUUUCAAUGAACCGGCACUAUCCCACCGAGGCAGGGUGACCUAAAAAGAAAAAUGAAAGUUUCCCUUUUUAAAUUUAGCAUUGUAUACACGAGAAAGGGUUACUAGCCCUUGCUUCUGGCAUUUUAGUCACCUCUUACAACACGCAUGGCUUACAGAGGAAGAAUUUUGUUCCACUUCCCCAUGGUAUAUAUAUUUUAUGUCGAAUAUAUAUAUUUGUAUAUGUAUUUUAACAUGCAUGUGUACAUGCAGAUGGAUGCAUGCAGGGUAGUAAAUGAGAAAAAUUUUAAUAUACAAUCAUGUAUUGCUAAACGACAGGGAUACUUGCUGAGAAAAGUGUUGGUAGGUGAUUUUGCCAUUGUGCGAAUGUCAUAGACUGUACUUACACAAACCUAGAUGGUAUAGCCUACUACAUAACUAGGCUAUAUGGUUUUUUUUUAAUCAUAGAUUUGCUUGUAUUGUCAUAUCUGAGUGCCUCUGCAGAGACAGUGAUUAUGUAUGAGCGAUGGUGAAAGUGUUGAAUGAUGAUGAAAGUUUUUUCUUUCUUUUUGGGUCACCCUGCCUUGGUGGGAAACGACCGAUGUUUUAAAAAAGAAAAAAAAAAGAUUUGCUUGUAAGCAGAUAAUGCACCAUGAACAUUCCUCUUUAUUAAUGAAAACCCUUUGGUGUUGAGGUCCCUGUUUCCAACUUUUUUAAGGAGUUUCUGCUAAAGCCUUCACUGUGAAUUUUGUUUGGGGGUUCUUCUUUUUCUUCUCCAGCAGGGGCCAAGAGGAGCAGAGAAUCACAAGAUUAAAUCAAGCACAAGGGAAAAUGAUGCUAUUAAGAGAUGCUGUAAACAAGAGAUGUAUGAGGCUGCUGCCAGUGUAAUGCUGUAUACUGUUUCACAGUAAUUUUUUUUUAUAAGAAAGAGUACACUCUAUAGAGUAAUGAUAAAAAGUACAGUACAGUAUAGUAAAUACAUAAAGCAGAACAUAGUUGUUUAUUAUCAUUAUCAAGUACAUACUAUGUAAUGUACAUAGUUGUAUGUGCUAUACUUUUAUACAACUGGCAGUGCAGUAGGUUUGUUUACACCACCGUUGUAUAUGUGGUCCAUUGUUGACUGAAACGUUGUUAUAUGGUGUAUGACUGUACAAGGUUUUUUUUUUACAAUGUGUAAAUGGUGUCCCAUGGCUCAGUUGGCAACACUGGCCUCACACUGAGUGUCCAUGGUUCACUCCCUGGCAUGGAUGGAAACAUUAAGAUUAAGAAUUAAAUGUUUAUUUUGACAAAUUACAUGGUUGUACAGAGGAAUAUAAUAGUUGGGUGUACAUGCCAAAAGUCCCUUUGUAUGCAGAGCAUUUCGGGCAAACUUAAAGAUUAACUUAAGAUUAGUAAGGUAAUAAUACAUAGUUCAAAUGGUCAUUAGAUGAGUUACAGUGAGUACAGGAGAAUUGAAUAUUCUAUCAGAUAAUGCUACAUGGUUUUGAUAAGUCUAGUAGAGACUUAUUACACUAUUGGACAUGUUUCCUUACAUCUGCUGUCCCUGUUCACCUAGCAGUAAGGAGGAACCUGGGUGUUAGUCGACUGGUGUGGGUUGCAUUCUGGGGGAUAAGGUUCAAGAACCCCAAUAGAAAUGAGACAGUCUUUGGUGGUGCACUGAUUUUAUUGGGUUAUCCUGGGUGGCUAAACCUCCAGGUUAAAAGUCACAGCGCAGUGUCUUCCUUUGCAGAUGACACCCGAAUUUGCAUGACAGUGCCCUCCAUUGAAGACUGCAAAACUCCAGGCGGACAUCAACCAAAUCUUUAAUUAGGCUGCAGAAAGCAAUAUGAAGUUCAGUGAUGAGAAAUUCCAAUUACUUCGAUAUGGAAAACAUGUGGAAAUUAAAAUUUCAUUGGAGUAUAAAACAAAUUCCAACCACACAAUAGAGUGAAAAACUAAUCUCAAAGACCUGAGUGUGAUCAUGUCAGAGGAUCUCGCUUUCAAGGACCAUAACAUUGAAAUUGCUGACCUAGAAAAUGUACAGAGAACCUUCAUGGCACCCAUAACUGUGAUAAACCACCUCAGUUACUGGGAAUGCUUGAAGUUCUUAAACCGUACUCCCUAGAAUGCAGGAAGGAGAGAUACAUGAUUAUAUACACCUGGAAAAUCCUAGAGGGACUAGUACCAAACUUGCACACGAAAAUCACUCCCAACGAAAGCAAAAGACUCGGCAGACAGUGCAACAUUUCCCCAAUGAAAAGCAGGGAUGCCACUUGCAUGAUAAGACAACACAAUAAGUGUCAGGGCCCAAGACUGUUCAACAGCCUCCCAGCAUACAUCAGGGGGAUUACCAAUAGACCCUUGGCUGUCUUCAAGCAGGUGCUGGACAGGCACCUAAAGUCAGUACCUGACCAGCCAGGUUGUGGUUCGUACGUUGGAUUAUGUGCGGCCAGCAGUAACAGCCUGGUUGAUCAGACCCUCAUCCACCAUGAGGCCUGGUCACAGACCAGGCUGUGAAGGCAUUGACCCCCAGAACUCUCUCCAGGUAUACACAGAAUGCAGGGUACAGUAAAACCUCUCUCUAAUGGAUUUCAGCAAUUUCGGACAAAAUUUUCGCUGGAGAAACGUAAGUAUCGGACAAAUUGGAAUAAAAUUCAUAAUUCCAUAUUUUGUCUGAUAGCAUGUUUUUAUUAGUGAUUACUUGUAAAUAAUGUUUAACCUGGUUAUUUUUUUAGCACAUGCAUUCUGACUUUGUGUAUGUACCUUGUAUACAUGUAUAAAGAGCUUACAUUAAUUUGGCAAAGAUUGAUGAAGAACUAUAGAAUUAUUAUUUACAUUGUGUUAGUUGUGAGUGGUUGACAGGUGUUGGGAAGAGGAGGAUAGGUGGGUGGGUGAGUGGAUGGAUAGCCACCAGACAAUGAGGGACCUAGUCCUGGGAGAGGGAAAAGCUAAAGGAGGAAAGGUGUUGGCUGAGAGCCAAGGAGGAAGGUCUCCUCAUCCUUCACUGCCUCCCUCUGUAUGUAUGAAGAACUCAGUGUUAUUUUUAGCAGAGAUUGUCAAUGAUCUGUGCUGCUGUAGAUUUAUUAUUUACAUUGUGUUAGUUGUUGGGUGGCAGGGGUGGAGGGGUAUUGUUGGUAAAGCAGGGAGGUGGGUGGGUAUAGAAGCCCAGGAGUAAUGUUCCUGUUCCAGACAUGUUCUUUCAUUUGUCUUCUCUACCUUCACACAUUACAGUACCCUCAUACACACACACACAUACACCUGAUGACACUGGAGGACGACCUGACAACACUGGAGGACAGGAGAGAUGGGGGGUACAUGAUAGCAACAUAUAAAAUACUGAAAGGAAUUGACAAGGUGGACAGAGACAUAAAGUUCCAGAGAUGGGACACAGCAACAAGGGGACACAGUUGGAAGUUGAAGACAGACGAAUCACAGGGAUGUCAGGAAGUAUUUCUUCAGUCAGAGUAGUCAGGAAGUGGAAUAGUUAAGGAAGUGAUGUAGUGAAGGCAGGAUCCAUUUAUAACUUUAGGCAGAGGUAUGAUAAAGCUCAUGGUUCAGGGAGAGUGACCCAGUAGCGACCAGUGAAGAGGCGGGGCCAGGAGCUAUGACUCAACCCCUGCAACCACAGCUAGGUGAGUGUACACACACACUCGCAUCCAC